AAAAUGUCACCUUACAAAUGUUGCCAGCACACAUUUUCAUUGGCGCUGUUGCUUUUACUGCUCAGCUGUCGGAAAGUUGCAGGAAUAUUGGGUAAAUCGCAGAUGUGCGAAGUUGAAACGGGCCAAACGAAUAUUAUAUUGGAUAUAGAAGAGAGUCGAGGAGACUUUAUUGGCCAACAAACGAUACCAGCCGAACUACCAAUUUAUGGUGAUCCAGACACCGAAAUUGCGCUUGAUCUAGUCUUCUCGAAGGGGAAUCCAAUAUUUUUCUUGAAUGGCAAAAAGUUGCAACUCUUGCAGCCGCUCGAUCGUGAUGAGGAAAACUUAAGUCACAUUGUAUUUCAAGUUUCCUGCACAAUACGCUCCUCUGGUAAAAAACGCAACAUUCCGAUUAUUGUUCGCGUGUCCGAUGUCAAUGAUAAUGCACCACGUUUCAUGAACACGCCCUAUGAGGUCACUGUGCCCGAGGGGAAUCCAAUAUUUUUCUUGAAUGGCAAAAAGUUGCAACUCUUGCAGCCGCUCGAUCGUGAUGAGGAAAACCUAAGUCACAUUGUAUUUCAAGUUUCCUGCACAAUACGCUCCUCUGGUAAAAAACGCAACAUUCCGAUUAUUGUUCGCGUGUCCGAUGUCAAUGAUAAUGCACCACGUUUCAUGAACACGCCCUAUGAGGUCACUGUGCCCGAGAGCACUCCAGUCGGCACAACAAUAUUUCGCAACAUACAAGCUUUGGACAAGGAUGCCGGUGUUAAUGGCCUGGUGGAAUAUUUCAUUGUCGAGGGCAAUUCAAACGCUACUGAAGAUGAAAAAUUGACAACUGCCGACGGCUAUGGCACAUUUACAAUAUCAUUUCCACAUCAGGGACAGGUUACUGUGGCCAAAACACUGGACUACGAGAAGAUACAACGUUAUUAUCUGACAAUCGUGGCAUCGGUAAGUUCCAAUAAGCAUAUAAACAUUUUUAUGGGGCAUUAA